AUGGGUGAGAAGGUUCUGAGGAGAGAUGCAUUCAGAUUAGAUUUUUCGGGAGCACAAAAAGUCGUACACAAUAUUCUUCCUCCUCAUUUGGUGGGUGGUGGUGGUGGUGGUCCCUUGGCCCUACCGAGCCCCACAUUUAUCCCCCGAUUCCACCACCACGAUGUAAAAGACAAAAGUUUGUGUCCCCCACCACCCACAUGCCCCACCACCACCUCCACCUGUCUUCCGAUAACUCGAGAAGCUAAAUACCCCCCUUGA